UCUCUUCACCCCAGACCGACACCUCAAUAGCUAGAGACCACAUGCCCAAGCCAAUUGUUGUGGUUGGCAGUGUCAAUGUUGACCUUGUUGCUCAGUGUAAACGUGCACCGGAUGCAGGUGAGACGCUCUACGGCCGUGACUUCCACGCUGGAGUCGGCGGAAAGGGUCUGAAUCAAGCUGCUGCCUGUGCAUUGUUGAGCCAACCUGGUCCAUUGGUACAUAUGGUCGCUUGCAUUGGCAAUGACCCAUAUGCUGCCAUGUGUAGAGAUGCUAUGGCCAAGCUCCAUAUACAAAUGGACCAGGUCCUCACUGAGGAUACUGCUACAGGCAUUGCCAUGAUUACUGUGGAAGACUCGGGAGACAACCGCAUCCUCUACAUCCCUGGAGCCAAUGAACUUUUGUCUGUCAAGCAUAUUGACAAGGCUGCUGCUCUCAUCAGAGAAGCAGCUGUGAUUGUUUGUCAGCUCGAGUCGCCGAUGGAGACUGUGCUGCAUGCCCUUGCACUGGCACAUGAAGCUGGUGUGCCUACGUUGCUCAAUCCUGCACCAGUGCAAGCACUGCCACAUUCGCUCUACAAGCAGCUGAGCUACCUCAUUCCAAAUGAAACAGAAGCGGCUUUGCUAUCUGGCAUGAAGGUAGAGACACCAGACGAUGCCAUUCGUGUUGGCGAGCACUUCCUUCGUCUUGGUGUGCAAGAAGCCGUGAUAGUGACGCUCGGCGGGCAGGGAUCUGUGGUCGUGACCAGAGAUGGAUCAACCCAUGUACCCAGCAAGAAAGUCAAGGCUAUUGAUACGACUGCAGCUGGGGACUCCUUCAUUGGCGGUGACAUCCAUGCAGCUGUACAGUAUGGGACAGCAGUGGCUUCUAUCACCGUGACACGCUCUGGUGCAAGCAGCUCUAUCCCGUCGCUGUCUGAGGUAGAGAGAAGUAUGCAGUGAAAAUAGCCAAAUAUAUGUGACUGCUUCUCCACCCC